CGGUCCCCGGCCGAUGAGGGCGGUCCCAGGGCGGUUCCGGGGCGAUGCGGGGCGGUCCUGGGCCGGUCCCGGGGCGCUGCGGGGCGGUUCCGGGGCGGUCCCGUGUCCGCCCUUAUAGCGGCGGCGGCGGCGGUUCCCGGGGCGGCGCGGCCGCCAUGGACCUGCACAUCCUGGAGCACCGGGUGCGGGUGCUGAGCCUGGCCCGCCGCGGGCUCUGGCUCUACACCCACCCGCUGCUCAAGCUGCUCUUCCUGCCCCAGCGCUGCCGAUGCAAGUUCUUCAGCCUGACGGAGACCCCCGAGGACUACACGGUCAUGCUGGACGAGGAGGGCUUCAAAGAGCUGCCGCCCUCCGAGUUCAUGCAGGUGGCAGAUUCCACGUGGCUGGUGCUCAGCGUCGUGUCCAACGGGCGGGAGCCCCCCGGCUGCCAGGCCACCGGUGUCACCAAGAUCGCGCGCUCGGUCAUCGCGCCGCUGGCCGAGCACCACGUCUCGGUGCUGAUGCUCUCCACGUACCAGACCGACUUCAUCCUGGUGCGGGAGCGGGACCUGCCCGUGGUGAUCCACACGCUGGCCGGGGAGUUCGACAUCUACAAGGAGGAGAGUGGCGAGUGUGUCCCUGUCACCUGCGAUGACGUGAGCAAUGGCUUCCUCAAGCCCAAGCCACCCGCCAGCCCCACGCUGCACCCGGUGCAGAGCCCCCAGACGCGCUUCUGUGUCCUGACGGUGGCCCCCGACACGCUGCCCGCCAUCGCCACCAUGCUCAUCGACGUCCUCUUCUACUCCCACAGCCCCGCGUGGGACGCAGCCACCGGCAGCCAGGACCUCGACUCCAUCACCUUCUUCUCCUUCUCCCUCAUCGAGGGCUACAUCUCCAUCGUGAUGGAUGCCGAGACCCAGAAGCGCUUCCCCAGUGACCUCCUGCUGACCAGCUCGACGGGGGAGCUGUGGCGCAUGGUGCGCAUCGGGGGGCAGCCCCUCGGCUUCGACGAGUGUGGCAUCGUGGCGCAGAUCGCGGAGCCGCUGGCGGCCGCCGACAUCUCGGCCUAUUACAUCAGCACCUUCAACUUCGAUCACGCCUUGGUCCCCGAGGAGGGCAGUGCUGAGGUCAUCCAGCUGCUGCAGCAGCGGCAGGAGAGCGGCAGAUAGCGGCCGGCCGGCCCCAGGCCGACUGUCCCAGCGUGGUGUCCCCUCCUCCCCACCCCUGCUCGUUAAUUGUUGGUUUUAAUGAUCCCCCAGCACAGGACGGAGCCGGGCACAGCAUCGCUCCCUCUGUGCUGGGGGUGUGGUGGCUUUGGGGACGUGGUGGCCUUGUGGCGGUGGGCACUGGCCCCCAGGAGAGGGGUCGGUCCCUGGGUGCCAUCCUCUCCCUCUAGCCUGGCCUGUGCGGGGUGAGUGGCCCAGGGAGAGCGGGUGUGUCCAGGUGGAGGGGACACGGGGGGGGGGGACAUGCCAAAGAGCAGUGAUGUGCCACCGUGGUGCUACGGGGGACAGCCUGGGGCUGAUGGGAUGUCCCCUUGGGAAGGGAGCGGUGGCCACGAUGCUCAGGGACAGCCCUGGAGCAGCCCCAUGGAGGGGAGAGCAUUCCUGGAGCUGGGAUUACUCCUGGCACCCCAAAAAUCUCCAAGGGGGCAGUGGGGGGCUCUGGUUCAACACCAGCCCUGGCUGUCACCUGUCAUGGAGGGGUGACAGUGACUCCCAGCCCCUCACAAGUUGUAUUUUCACAUAGUUUUUGAUAAGUCAAUAAAAUUCUUAUUAUUUUUAUUUCUGUGUAGCCCAGGGAGGUUGCUCAGAGCUGGUGUCUGUGUUGGUGGCAGGGGCUGGGAUAGGACAGGGGGACAGAGUCUGGCUGUGAGGUGACUGGGACACAGCCACUUUCUCUGCUCUGUAUUUUGGGUGAAAAAACGGGUUAAAGCUGCAGCCCCCAGCAAAUCACCGGCCCUGGGGUAACCCAGGCCCACAUUUAUGCCUUCCCCCUGCCCUACACUGGGCCAGACUGGGGGGAAACUGAGGCAGGAGUUUGACCCCAGGCCUGGGGAUGUCCCUGUCACACUGCCACCGUGACCCCACAUCCUCUUCCCUUGCUGGCAGCACGGCAUCCUGUGGCAAAGCGGGGUACAUGGGGUGGGGGCUGUGCCCUCCUGGGGGUGCUGCAGCCAGGGGGUGCCCCCAGGGGUGCCUGGGCCUCAGCCAGACCCAGCGCGAGCCUGGCGGGGACCUCUGCUCCCAUCCUGUCCCCAAAACCCGCCCCCUGCUCUCCCACGUUCCGAGCAGGCCUGUGCCCCCGUCCUGGCACGUCUUGCCCACGUCAGCCCCACACUCUUGCAGCACCAGCUUCCUGCCAGCUCUCCGGGCGCUCUCUUUCCUGUCUCGGUCCCUUCUCCGAGUCAUGGGACGCCGGUGACGCGCUCCCGGCGAUGAAGAAACCGCCGCUGGCCCAUGCGGUCAC